AUGAAGGAAUGUGAUCUGUGUGAAGAAACGGCACGGAUACACUGCGGGCCGGACCAGGCGAGCUUAUGCUGGACCUGCGACGCCAAGGUGCACUCCGCCAACUUCUUGGUGGCGCGGCAUUCGAGGAACCUCCUCUGCCACGUCUGCCAGUCACCGACGCCGUGGUCCGCCGCCGGAUCCAGCCCUGAACCCACCGUCGCCGUCUGUCAGCUGUGUUUCGGCGGAGAAAUGCGACGGAAGGAGUUUCGGAUGGACGAUAAUGUUUCGCCAGGUGAAAACGUCGUCGUAUUGAGAGGAGGAGGCGGUUGGCCAUGUGAAAGAUUGGAGCUCCGAAAGCCCGUUAGGAAAGAUCCCAAAAAGGGCUCCGGCCCGGUUGGCGUAUUCGAAUUGGGUGUAGAAGCGGGUCUGGAUUCGGGUCAGGCGAAGCUGGAAUUGGAGCUCUACUUGAAGUCCUGUGACUCUAGUCAACACAAAAACUUAGAUGAGACUUGUUUUAUUUCUGUUUAAUAUGAUUGAUUGUUUACUCUAGUCGAAGAACUUUUCAAUACUCCAGCCGAAAGUUUGCAUGUAUUUUAUUAGACCGGAUCGACGUAAAAAGGGACCAGUAACAACCUGCCUCUCUAUAUUUUGUAUAAAACUCAAAUUUUCCGAGUGUAAUUGCUACUUUUGUCGUUUUUAACUUACGAUUAUGUUUUGUAAUUGUAUGUCUCUCGCGUUGCGUUUGAC